UGAAAUUUGGCACUGCGAUGAGUGAGAAAGUAAUCAUAUUGGUAAGCGAAUUUUAUUCGACAUUUGAAGUUAUACUUUAUAAACUAAUGAUCUUUUUUAUCAGGGGACGAAGGCAGUGGAAGCAAUCUGGUUUUCUUAUCAAGAAAAGUUAUGCUUUAGCAAAGAGGCCAUGAAAAACAUGAAAAUGCUUAGGAUAUUAUACAUAUGGUACGGUGGCUUCAAUGAUUGCUUCCCUUGCCAUGAUGGCUCCAUUGAGUACCUGCCCAAAAACUUGCGUUGGUUUAUCUGGAAUCACUUUCCUUGGGAAUCAUUGUCAGAAAAUUUUGAACCCAAAAGGCUUGUUCACCUUUAUCUCAGAUCCAGUUCACUGCGUCAUUUAUGGAAGGGAACAAAGCAUUUGCCAUCUCUACGGAAGCUAGAUCUCAGCUUCUCUGCACACCUGAUGCGAACACCAAAUUUCAGGGAGAUCCCAAAUUUUGAGUAUUUGGAUUUGGGAUUUUGUUGUCUUGAAAAGGUUGACGAUUCCCUGGGGUAUUGCGGAAAACUCAUUCGAUUAAAUUUGGAGGGUUGUGGGAGACUUCAGAGAUUUCCAUGUGUUAAUGGGGAAUCUCUUGAAUAUUUGAAUCUACAAAAGUGCUAUAGUUUAGAGAAAUUUCCAGAGAUCAGGGGAACAAGUAAGCUGUGGAAGCUAGAUCUCAGCAACUCUUGGAGGAUGACGGGAACACCAAAUUUCAUAGAGAUGCCAAAUUUGGAGUAUUUGCAUCUCUCAAAUUGUUAUGGUCUUGAAGAGGUUGGCGAUUCCCUGGGGUUUUGCGGAAAACUCAUUAUGUUAGAUUUGAUGAAUU